CGAGCAGCUCCCAGCAGCGCGCACGUGGCCAGACAUGCAACUGUGCUCAGUGACGUUUCGACAAGUCAGACCGGUUCUAAGUGGGUGCUAGUGAUCGUUUAGUAGCAGACGUUCUGGACUGCUAUCACAGUGCACUACGUGCAGGUGUACGUGUUUGGGAUUGUCAUUUAAGAGGGCGGCGCCAUGGGGACGGUGUCGCGCAAGGCGCUGGGUGGCUCCAUCCACCGCAUCCGAGAGUUCGAGCUCGAGAAGGCAUUCGUCACAUGUAAUAACAUACAAGAAGAUGAUAGUAUUCGUCAGAAGGCACAAGGGUUUGGGGAGAAAGAGAACCAAUAUGAAAUAGAUAGAUGGUGUUCAGUGGCGGGGAAUGGCGAGGCGAGGGAACCAGGCCAAAAACGAGAACUGUACAGCGCCGGUGGAUCCGAGUUCGGAGACCGCGUUGCAAGGCGGCAGAGGCGGGAAGUGGGUGAGCCAAGAGUUUACGGCGGCUGCAGGGGAAGAAGGUCGCCGGAAGCGAAGGGUGUCAGUGGCUCGUGGCGGUGCAGCGCGAGCGUUGAUCCCACUUUAGAAGAUGAAGCUACGCUGCGAAAGAUGCGAUGGAGAUAG